AUGGCUGUGGCGCGCAUCAACAGUGAAUUCCGCCGAAUCAACUUGGCCCUGGAGCGCGAGACUCGUAGGGCGACGAAGAACGAGUGGAGAGCGUACCUGGACAGCGAAAACCAAGCGCUGAAAUCGAAGUGCUGUGAAUGGAUCGAAGGCACGAUCUACAUCGUGGAGCCGCUGACCCAAGAGCACGAGAGGUUCACUGAAGAAGUCAAUCGCGCUUUGAGGGCCCAGCGAGGCUUUGACGCGUACAUGGUGAGCUGGGGCUCAGCAGUCACCCCGGACAUGCCCGACCUGCACGACUAUGAACCGGACAAAGGCUAUGGUCCAGCAAAGUUCUUGGGAGCUCCGUUUCCCCCUGGUGUUCAAGACUAUCUGUCCUGGUACACGCUCAUCGUCGAGGUUGGGAAAUCGCGCGGCUGGGGAGACAACGCCGGAAUGCUCGACUGGAAGGCUUCGGAGUGGUCUCAGUUUCCAGGAGUACGGUACAUCCUGUGCGUGGCAGUCACAGACCGCUUGGCGACUGCCGAGUACAAACUCUACACGACGUUGGUGACGUUCGACUCGCGCGAGCUGCUGGGCCUACCUCCGGGGGCAAACAUUCGACGCAGCCCAUAUUUACGUGCUCGCUUCCUGGACCCAACCUUCACUUUGGACCUUUUCGAGGUUCUUGAAAUGGCCCGAAGGCCGUGGGCAUGA